AAUACAGUUUAUCCAAAUCUAUAGAUGGCAUCAUACGAAAACAAUCGAAACUCUGUUAAUUUCUUUUUAUGGAAAAUUUUGGAUAUCAAGGAAAGGUUGAGAAAGGUGGGACAUAGAGAUGUUGAAGAAGCUAAAUAGUUCUAUGGUCUAAGAAGCCGUAAACUGCCAAUAUUGAAACAAGUGCUUCAGAUAAAGAUCAAUGAAUUUGCCUAACAGUUUCCAGAGAUUUAAGACGAAUGAAAAACACAUUUUAUAACAGUCAAAACUGUGAGAUCAAUCAAUGGGAAGAUCGAUGUGGAGAUGGCGCACACUCUGUCUGCAAAGGUGAUUCUCAGUGUGCUAACUUAAAUGAUGGUGGCUUCAGCUGUGAUAACUGCUCCCAGGCAUCCUGGAGCAGUCGUUUGUGCGAGUUGAGGUCUCGCAGCUUCUCUAGGGGCUCUUUCCUCACUUUUCCAUCCCUCAGACAACGGCACAGGCUUCAUAUCAAACUCAGGUUUGCUACACGAGAAAAAAAUGCACUCAUUCUGUAUAAUGGCCGUUAUAACGACAAGCAUGAUUUUAUUGCCAUGGAAAUCAUUGACAGUCAACUAGUGGUUUCCUUCUCUUUGGGUGCCAAUGUGUCACAAGUCUCUGCUAGCAUACCAGGAGGCCUCAGUGAUGGCCAAUGGCAUGAAGCGGAACUUACCUACCUGAACAGAACUGCAACACUUAGUGUUGACCAUUGUGAUAUUGGAGUUGCUGUAAAAUAUGGAGAUGAACUGGGCUACAAGUGUGCCAGUGCCGUUACUCAUGUCUUGGAACCAAGGUGUGCAGAUUUGAUGCAGACAUGCUAUCGGUUUUUAGAUCUAACCGGACCAUUACAAAUUGGAGGGCUUCCAGCCUUGCCAUCUGCUUUCCAAAUCAGCAACAAAGAUUUUGUUGGUUGUAUUAUGGACUUGUACAUUGAUCAUCAAAUGGUUGACCUCAACACAUUUGUAGCAGACAAUGGAACAUUGGUUGGUUGUCCUGAGAAAAAAGGUUUCUGCCAUUCUCAACCCUGUCAAAAUGGUGGUACAUGUCAAGAAGGCUGGGGCUCUUUUGUUUGCCAGUGUCCAGUUGGUUUUGGAGACAAAGAUUGCAGUACCAAUUUGUGGAAGCAGCUUGCCAGAGAUGUGGAACCAGUUCGUCAUUUCUUCGGAGAUGGUUUUCUGACAUUCACACCUCAUUCUCGUCCGAUUCAACAAGAAUGGCCUGUUAGUUUAUCUUUCAGAACACGCCAGAAAGAUGGUCUUUUAUUAAGGGCUCAGCUGGGGCAAACUAGUUAUGUUUCUCUAGAGAUUUCUGGUGGCUUCCUUAAGUACAGUUUUAAUGAUCAGUCCUUUGUACUCAAAGACAUUGCAGUUAAUGAUGGAGUUUGGCAUAAUGUGGAGGCUAAAUGGAUGUCUGCAGGCAUUUGGCUUAAUCUGGACUAUGGACAGUAUGAGGCUGUGAAACAAUUAGAGGGGCACAUUCGGGGACUCUAUGUGGGCAAAGUAUCCAUCGGAGGAGUGCAGCCAUCAGAAGGACCUGAAAAUUUGGCAUUUUUUAAUGGAUGCAUACAGGAUGUUAGAAUAGACAUGAAUAGAGAUUCAUGGCUGAGACCAUCUCUGGAGAGCAAUGUCAGAGAAGGAUGCAGAGUUCAAAAUCCUUGCCAUGGAAAUCCCUGUCCGAAGAAUAGUACAUGUGUGGACCUCUGGGAUCAUUAUGAAUGCCAGUGUGACAUGGGCUUUUUUGGUCUGCAGUGUCUUCCUGUUUGUGAAAUGAAUCCUUGUGCCACUGGGUCUAUUUGUAGGCCAUCUGUAAAAGAUUCUUUCCACAACAGUCAUAAGUAUGGCUACAGCUGUGAAUGUGAUUCUCUGCACACUGGAGAAUACUGUGAGAUGCCUCUGGAUCAUCCUUGCCCUUCCAACUGGUGGGGCUAUCCAAUAUGUGGGCCCUGUCAUUGUGACACUAGCAGAGGUUAUGAUGCUAACUGCAAUAAAACAAAUGGGGAAUGCAAGUGUGAGGUAAAUUUAAAGUUAUUGAAAAAUUCUUAA